AUGCGGGCGGGGCUGAGCACGAUCCUCCAGACGCUCACGCCGGACGCGGCGGGCGUUCUGAACCAGUCGAUCGGAGAGGCGGCUCGCCGGAGUCAUGGCCAGACGACGCCCCUGCACGUCGCCGCCACGCUCCUCGCCCCUCCGGCGGGGAUCCUCCGGCAGGCCUGCGUCCGCUCCCACCCCAACACCUCCCAUCCUCUGCAGUGCCGCGCCCUCGAGCUCUGCUUCUCCGUUGCGCUCGAUCGCCUCCCCUCGCUUGGGGGAGGGGUUAAUUCCGGUUCGGCGGGUAGCGCCUCCGAGCAGCCGCCCAUCUCCAACGCGCUCAUGGCAGCGCUGAAGAGGGCGCAGGCCAACCAGCGCCGCGGAUGCCCAGAGCAGCAGCAGCAGCCGCUGCUCGCCAUCAAGGUGGAGCUCGAGCAGUUGAUCAUCUCCAUCCUCGACGAUCCCAGCGUAAGCCGCGUCAUGCGCGAGGCCAGCUUCUCCAGCCCCGCCGUCAAGGCCUCCAUCGAGCAGUCCAUCGCCGCCUCCUCCGCCGCCACCUCCGCCAUCGCCACCACCACCACCGCCGCCGCCGCUGCCGCCACCCCCACCACCUCGCCGACCAGCAAUUCCCCCAUCCCCGCCGGCGGCCUCCUCGCAGGUCUCGGUUUUCGGCCCUCUCCGGCAGCCCCGGGGAUCCCACUCCUCCCCGCCAACAGGAAUCUCUACGUCAACCCCCGUCUGCAGCAGCAGGCGAAGAGCACCGCUCCCGCCCCCGCCGCUGCUGCUGUCGCCCCCGCCGGGGAGGAGAGGGAGGAAAUCAAGAAGGCGUUCGAUGUAUUGCUCAGGAGAAGGAAGAGGAACCCGAUCCUGGUGGGCGAUUCCCAGCCGGAGGCUGUCGUGAAGGAGCUGCUGCAGAGGAUGCAGAAAAAGGGGAUCGGACAUGGCUUCUUCCCCCAGAACGUGGAGAUAAUCUCCGUGGAGAAGCGAUUGGCCGCCGGCGGAUCUCAUAUCCCUUCCAUGCUGCAGGAAUUGAGCGAUUCCAUCGACCGCCGACUUAACGAGGCCGGCUCCGCCGCCGUGGGGGUGGUCCUCGAUCUCGGGGAUCUGCAGUGGUUGGUGGAGAAAGCCGGCGGAGGGGUCAGCGCGGCCGUGGUCGCUGGGAUGAAGAAUCUCCUGGCGAGAUUCUCUGAAGGUGGUGCCGCCGCCGGGAGGGUCUGGCUGGUCGGUUCCGCCACCAGCGCGACGUAUCUCCGCUGCCAGGUUUACCAUCCGAAUAUGGAGCUCGACUGGGACCUGCAAGCCCUUCCCAUCGCCGCCCGCUCUCCCUUCACCUCCUUGCCCGGACGGUACGCCUCUUGAAUCUCUGUUCUUCCCCUCCAUUUUCUUCUUCCUCUAGUGUUUGCGAGAUCGAUAGGUAGAGAGCUAGAUAGGUAGAUAGCGAGAGAGAGAGAGAGAGAGAGAGAGAGAGAGAGAGAGAUGGCUGCAAGAUAUUCUAGUCUCGCCGAAGGGGAGCAGGACGACAAUCUCUGCUGCUGCUGCGUUAGGGAGGCAUUUAAAAGGGUCAUUGUUGUUGGGUCUAAAGUGGAAAUCGUUAGAUAGAUCUUCGAGGAACUGUUCCCCUUCUCCCGUGGGAAGCUCAGCUGUUUACCAAGAUUUUCCCCUUGGGCUUUAAUCUUCGCUCGUCUCUUGAUCUUCAGCCUCGGGAGCAAUGGAAUCUCCGGCGGAUCUGCGGGCUCGCCGGGGUUCCUUCCCAUCGUCAACGGCAACGGCGGCAGCCCUCCGGCGAGACGCCCCCUGGAGAAGCCCGAGACCCCCUGGAGCGAGAUGUGCCCCCUCUGCAAGGACAGCUACGAGCACGAGCUCGCCAAGCUCGUCGCCAUGGAAUUCGAGAAGUCGUCCGACUCGCAGAAGCCUCUGCCGCCAUGGCUGCAGCUCGCCAAGCUCAGCAGCGGCGACACCACCAGUCCCACAGCGACCCAGUCCCAGGUUGGAUCGAAAUUGAUACAUAAGAUCACCCAGUUUCCGGGUGUGACUUUCUCCCUGGCACGCCCGUUGACAUCUUCCUUCUCCCGGCCACUGUUACAGACCAAGGAGCAGGAGCUCUUGUGGAAGAAGACGACCGAGGAGCUGCUGAAGAGAUGGAGCGAGACUUGCCAUCGUCUCCAUCCCAACAAUUCCCAUCCACCGGCGAAGCUUCAGCCUGCUCCGGCGAGCAACCCCGUCGGCCCCCGGCCGGGGAGCCCCGUGGGGACGGACCUCGUCCUGGGAUGCACCAAGAAGUCACCGCCGACGCCGGCGAAGAUCGCCGCCGAUCACAGAGAGAAGGUUGCCGGCGGCGCGGUGGUGGAUUACGACUCCUUCAAGAGGCUCUUCAAGGGCCUCACCGAGAAGGUCAGCUGGCAGCAGGAAGCGGCCUCCGCGGUGGCCACGACGGUGAUGCACUGCAAAUCCGGCGGCGGCGCGAGGGGCGGCACAUGGCUGCUCUUCCAGGGCCCCGACCGGAUGGGGAAGAAGAAGAUGGCGGCGGCACUGUCGGAGCUCGUCUUCUCCAGAGACCCCGUCACCGUCUCCUUCGCCGGCCCGAGGGCCGACGGCGUGAGCUUCCGGGGGAGGACGGCAAUGGACCGAGUGGUUGACGCCAUACGGCGGAACCCUUUCUCAGUGGUGGUCCUCGACGGCGUUGACUCCGCCGACAUGCUCGUUCUGGGGAGCCUUCGCCGGGCCAUGGAGAGUGGCCGCUUGCCGGACUCCCACGGCCGGGAAGUCCCCAUGGGGAGCACCAUCUUCGUCCUCAUCUCCGGCGAGUCCACCACCACCGCCGCCGCCGGCGAGGAGAAGCUCCUCGCCGCUGCAAACUCCGGCUGGCAGCUGGAGCUGGCGGCGCUGGAGAAGCCCGGGAAGCGGCGGGCCGAGUGGUCGCCCGAGCAGAGCUGGCCGGCGAAGCCCCCGCGGAUCUCCCUCGACCUGAACCUGGCGGCGGGCUCCGACGAGGACACCACCGAGGGGUCCCUCAACUCCAGCGACCUCACCGUCGAGCACGACGCCGUCGACUGCAAUGGGAAGCUCGCUGUCGGCCCCGGGGGCAACAACAGCGACAACAACAAGAUGCGGCUCCUGGCGGGUGGAUCGUCGUCGUCGUCGGCGUGGGAGAUGCUCCGCUCCGCCGUCGACGCCACCGUGCCCUUCAAGCCCGUGGACUUCGGGGAGGUCCGCCGGAAGGUCUCGGAGACGAUGACAAGGAAUUUCAGGGCGGCCGCCGGCGAGUGCCGCUCGCUGGUCAUCGACGAGGAAGCCAUGGACCGGCUCGUCGGCGGCCUCUGGUUCGGGUCAACGACCGCCGCCGCCUUCGAGGAGUGGACGGAGACAGUCAUGGUGCCGUGUUUCCGACAGCUGAGGCGGUACUCGGCGGUGCGGCUCUUGCCGGUGAAAGAGGGCUAUAGCCGGAGAGACGGCGGCGCCGCUACGGCGGGCGGGCUUCCGACGCGGGUGAGGGUCGCCGCCGACGGGCUGUGCGGGGUCCCAUAG